AUGAUCAAUUGUGAGAUUCAGGCCCACAUUGACUCCUUUCGCAAACGACUGAAGCCACUGUUCCGUCGCCAAAAAGUCUAUUCAAACCUCACUCUCAUCCAGCACCGUCUCCUCUCCACCCUCCGCCAUCACCCUGAUCUACUCGUCCUCAACUCUGAUAAGAAUCUAAGACCAGUGAUUUUGGAACGAGAAGUCUACGUGCGCCGCUGCCUUACUGAUCAUCUUCUCACCUGGCCCUAUCAACAACUUUCUCAGGAAGAAGCUGACAACUUCACCUCUGAAACGAGACACCUUCUCAAGAAAUUCCUCACCGAGAACUCCUAUGCCAUCAGUGAAAUGGACAUGACAUAUCUUUGGAGAUCUCUUGAGUCUGUGACGGACCCCUAUGCAUACUUCUACGUCCUUGCGAAGAUUCACUUGGAAGACACGCCCAAUCGUUUCCGUCUCUGGAAGCUAACAACUUCAGCCCCUUGUUAA